CAAUAACGGUCUUAUUCAUAAUCAUUUUUCACAUUUUAUCAAAUGCUUAUUAGAGGUUUAUAAAACGUUUGAUAAAAAUUGUUAUUCAUAAUCGUCAUUUAGCGCUAAAAUCCUCUUUUAUCUGUGUGAUAAGUUAUCGAGAGCUCGGGCCUUGUUUAAAGCUCUAAUAAACCUAUUUUAACCUAACUUUUAUAAAUGUCAUUUCAUAUGAAUGUCACUUCGUUGGUUUAUUUAUUCAAAAUAUCCUUGCUGUGAUCCUUGCUUGUGAAAAUGAAUGCUAUAAAUGCAAUUGUGCAUUUAGCCAAUAAUGCCGACCCAGCGCGACGUAGAAAGCUCUACCGCCAACGAAGCAACCCAUUCGAUUUGCGGGACCUAAAUUUUAAAAUAAAAUAUAGGUUCAAUAAGGACACAGUGCUCACCAUCAUAGAUUUGGUGGAAGAUGAUCUGGUUCAGAGCGCUAGAGGUGGUGGCACGUGUCCUGAACUGCAAGUUUUAGUGGCCAUAAGAUGUUGGGGACGUCGUGAGGUACAAGAUGAUGCUGGUGACCUCCAUGGCCUAAGUCAGCCGACAGUGAGCCGGAUAUGCGCCAGAGUCGCGCAUGCAAUCGCGAAUAAGGCAAAUUCCUUCAUCAAAAUGCCUAUCACUAUAGGAGAGCAGGAAAGAAUUAGUGCCAAAUUUAGAGCAAUUAAAAAUUUUCCUGGGGUGAUAGGAGCCAUAGAUUGCACCCACAUUAAAAUUAAAAAAACCGGAGGUGACAUGGCCCAGUACUAUAUUAAUAGAAAAGGCUAUUAUUCCCUGAAUGUUCAGGUUGUCUGUGAUGCUGACCUCAAAAUAAUGGAUAUAGUGGCUAGAUGGCGAGGCAGUACACAUGACAGUCGAAUUUUUAUGGAGAGCAAUAUAAAACAACGAUUUGAGGAUAGGCAGUUUAGAGGACGCCUUAUUGGCGAUUCGGGCUACCCUCUUCUGCCAUAUCUAUUUACACCUAUUUUAAGGCCUAGUCGUCCAGAAGAAGAAGCAUACAAUAAUGCUCACAUCUCAACUAGGAACACUGUUGAAAGGUGUUUUGGGGUGUGGAAGCAGCGGUUCCAAUGCCUACUCCAUGGCUUACCAGUAAGCCUCCAAAAUGGAAAAGCUGUGAUCAUAGCAUUGGCUGUAUUACAUAAUAUAGCCAUUGAUAUGAAUGACACAUUGUUAGAACAACAUAUGGAGCAGGUCCCUGUAACUCCGCAACUUUCGACGGAGAACAGUGUUCACGACAACCGACCUUCAUUGUUGAGGCGUAGGUCGCAGUUGAUACUACAAAAUUUUAUAAAUCAACAUUUUUGAAUGAUACUGUUCCUGGCAUCUUAAUGAAAAUAAAAAGAAUAUUUG